AUGAGCUUUAUUAGUUGGCGAUCACAUGUCUGCUGGUCCACUUGUACACACACGCACGCGCGCGCGCGCACCCGCACAGAGAGCCGCUCCGCAGACCAUGUGACACAGCUCUCCACUGGUGGUGGUGGUGUCAGAGUGGAAAGAAGAAACAGGUGUGAUUCCUUGUAAAUACUCUUUAUUUGUAUAUACUGUAAAUGAUGACGUCCAUGGGCGGAAACCGGGCCCGGGGCAGCUGGGAACAGACGCAGGGCCAGACACAAGGCCAGACACAGCACAAGCAAAGGCCACAGGCUACCGCAGAGCAGAUCCGGCUUGCGCAGAUGAUUUCCGACCACAACGAUGCAGACUUUGAGGAGAAGGUCAAACAGCUGAUUGACAUCACCGGCAAGGACCAGGAUGACGCAAUGAUUGCACUGCACGACUGCAACGGGGACGUCAACCGAGCCAUUAACGUGCUACUGGAGGGUAGCCCAGACACUGACUCGUGGGAGAUGGUGGGCAAAAAGAAAGGUUUGUCAGGCCAGAAGGAGGGCAGCCAGCCAGAAAUCGCAGAGGAAGGCAAAGAGAACCGGGAGAAAGAAAGAGAGAAGGAUGCAGCACGUCGUCGAGGCGGUGCUCCUCGCAGAGGCCGUGGGGCUACCAGAGGGCGAGAGUACAACUUUUCCUCAGUUCGAGGUCAGGAGAAUGGCUUGGAUGGAGGCAAGGCAGCACUGGCGGGAAGGGGAGCAGAGCGAGGAAGAAGGGGGCGGGGACGAGGAAGAGGGACCAUCGCUUUGGGCGAGCUACGUCAAUCGUGUGCGCGGGGAAAGACGCAGCCCGCCAGCGACAGUGGAUACUUCAUCACAACAUCCGGUUUCGGAGCGUCAGGGCGGCGAGGAGGCAGAUUUUCAGCACAGGGCAUGGGAACCUUCAACCCCGCUGACUACACAGAGCCAAGCCAGACCGAUGAAAACUAUAGGGGAGGAAGUAGCACCUGGAACAAUACAGGAAGCACGGAUCAGGAGGAAGGAGAAAGAUCAGAAUGUUCUCCAGGAGAUGCGACGACUUACCCACCCAAGUUUGAAUCAGUUCCUGCUCCUGCAGGUCCGUGGAGAACGGCCACUGAAGAGUGGGGCACCGAGGACUGGAAUGAGGAUCAGCUCUCUGAGACCAAGAUAUUCACAGCUUCCAGCGUGGCAACCGUUCCACCACCUCAAGAGAAUGUUACCAUCACCAAAGGACAAAGGAUUGACCUCGCGGUGCUCUUGGGGAAGACUCCUCCGUCCUCCUCAUCGGAAACAGAAAACCCCACAAUGGAGGCCACCCAGUCACUGGUUUUCAGCAACUCCAAGCAGGCACCACCACUGUCCCAAACCACCUCCAGCACCCCGUACACUCCGCACAGCAUGGUCAACAUGCUGAACAAGAGCUUUGGGGAUGUUGGGGAGCCUAAAGGAAGUAGCACCGGGACAACAGGCUCUCAGUUCCUGGAGCAGUAUAAAACAGCCCAGGCACUGGCUCAGCUGGCUGCCCAGCACUCUCAAACGGCACCUGCUAACGCCAACCCCUCAUCCUGGGACACUGGUGCCAACUCACGGGCACAAUAUGAUAUGAAGGCUCAACCGGAGUCCGCCAUCCACACGCCUUUCGCAAAGCGGCAGCCCUUCCAAGCCGCCUCCACCACGUCGUCCAUGUUGGAUGUUUUCCUGCCUCCCUCGGCCUCCGCCUCCUCCACUGCUGUUUCUUCAUUGCCCUCGCAAACAACAUCCACGCCGCAUGCUGCAUCGCUGCCUGCUUCCUCCCUUCCAAAAAUGGUGUCUGGCCCGUCGCUAGGUCAGCAAGUUUCGCCGAGUUCCUCAGAUGCGCAGGGUUCCAGUCCGCUGCCUUUGCAGCAACACAAACUCAGAGCGCAAAAGAAGAGGACAUCCAUUGCAACAAAGAUUCCAGCCAUGGCGGUGGAAAUGCCAGGCUCAACAGACAUCUCAGGCCUUAAUCUACAGUUUGGAGCGUUGCAGUUUGGCUCGGAACCAGUGCUGCCAGAAUACGAGUCUGCCUCCUCCAACGCUGCAUCCGUCACCCCCAUGCAGAACAGCCUCUAUUCAAGCCCCAGCAGCCAGAUGGAGCUGUAUGACCAGCGAGCACCCCAGACUCGACGUUACCCGCCCUCUGUGUCAUCCUCCCCUCAGAAGGACAUGCAACCCAAGAAUGGCUUCAGUUCCCUACAAGCGACGCAAUCUGUGGAAACUGCAGCAGGUUCUGCAGUGCCGAUCAAAGCUACGCCUGACUCGGUGGCACCAGCAGCGUUGACGGACAGCGGCUCGGGGUCCGCCUCCUUGCUGACAACAUCAAAUCAGGCGUCACUUAGUUCUCUGGGGCACAGUGAAGACCUGCCCCCGAGCACUAUGCCGCCUCCUCAGCACAACAGUGCGCUCUCGUCACAACAGAACAGCCUUGCUCCAUCUUCAGGUCGAACUUCCAACUCGAGCUUAUUGCACCCCAACGUCGACAGCGACUCCAGCCUCCAUUCCUCCUCCUUCCCACCCUCCUCGGUUGUGUCGUCGUCUUUGAUCCCUGCCGCCUCCUCAGGUGCAGCGGUGCAGGCAUCCCUGGGGGUACCACCGCAGGUGUCUCACGUGGGCUCCGCCUCCGUUUCGGCGCCGUCUGGCCUCGGCCCCGUCAGCAACCUAACCAUGGGACUCAACAUGGCUGUCAUGGGUGCGCCGGCUGUGGCGUCCACCAUGUCAGCCUCAACAGCCGCUCCCUCCUUGGCGGCUUCCUUGUCCACACGCAGCUCUGCAGCCGCCUCAGAACACAGCCUGUCACACAGCAUCAUGAAGCAGUUGGCAGGGAAAGCACCUCCAAAUCUGCCACCCGGAGUGCCCCCUCUGCUGCCCAACCCAUAUUUAAUGGCUCCGGGACUACUGCAUCCCUACCCUCCUCAGGUGUACGGAUAUGAUGACCUGCAGAUGCUGCAGACAAGGAUACCAUUGGAUUAUUACAGCAUUCCCUUUGCAACCCCAACAACAGCACUGACUGGGAGAGAGGCCAGCAUGACAAACAACCCUUAUUCUGGUGACUUAUCCAAGUUUGGUCGAGGCGAUGCGUCCUCGCCGGCCCCAGCCACCACGCUAGCUCAGACGCAGCAGAACCAGACCCAGACGCACCACUCGACCCAGCAGCCUUUCCUUAACCCAGGGCUGCCACCUGGCUACAGCUACACAAGCCUCCCAUACUACACUGGCAUGCCUGGCCUGCCCAACACCUUCCAGUACGGUCCUGCUGUGUUCCCGGUGAGAAUGGUGGCUCCUACCUCGGCAAAGCAGCAUGGAGUGAAUGUCGGCGUCAACGCGUCAGCCACACCCUUCCAGCAGCCUAGUGGCUAUGGUUCCCACGGAUACAGCACUGGCUAUGAGGAUGUGGGCCAGGCUUCAGGGAGUGGGGAUUUCUGUAAGGGCGGAUAUGGCAAUGCCGUGGCUGCCGCCGCUGCUGCUGCCGCCGCCGCCGUCGCUUCUGCACAAAACAAGCCAGCCAGCUCUGUCACUGGGCCUGGAGUCGGAGUCUCUGUGACGUCAAGUAACACCGGAGUACCUGAUAUUUCAGGUUCUGUUUACACAAAGACACAGCAAUCAUUUGAGAAGCAGGGUUUCCACGCCGGCACGCCAGCCGCUUCCUUCAGCCUGCCAGCGGCUAUGGGAAGCGGAGGACCCAUCAACACCCCGGCUGCGGCGGGCUAUGCCCCACCGCCCUUCAUGCACAUCCUGGCACCGCAUCAGCAGCCCCAUUCCCAGAUCUUGCACCACCACAUGCAGCAAGACGGACAGGUAAAUGAAUUUCCUAGCGGCACUGGCCAGCGCAAUCAGAACGCAUCUAUUCAGCAAAAGUCUCAGAUCAACAAGCCUGCAUACAAUUACAGCUGGGGGGCCAACUAACACCCAUACCACGAGUCCCUCUGCCAUUUUUCUUAAUGAGAAUUGGGGAGGGGCUCAUCAUAUCUCAUUGUGUAGAAACUCCACCUGCUGAGAACCCCGCCCGUCUUUUUUCUUCCCACAGAGGUUGUGCUGGGCUGAGAACCCUGUCACGACGCCGGGAAGGGAUGGGAGGGGCUUAGACAGAGGAGGCUGGAGCAAAAAAUUUGAGUGUUUGCGUAUUGUUAACCUGCCCACCCCGCCACCAACCUCUUACUUCCAUUUAUUUCUAUAUGUCAAAUCUUCCCUUUAUGGUUCUUUUUGUUGUGGUCUCUACUCCCCUGCCGUUUUGUUUUUGUUCAGUUUUUUUACUAAUCGGGAGGAAUGAAGUAAAAACCAGAAGGUAGUAGUGGUGACACCCCCCCCCCCCCCCAAACUGUUAAUUUGCUCAAUUUGUUCCCUCCCCUAUUUUUAUGUCAUUUUUAAGUUUUUUUGAAGAAACAAUUCUCUCAAUUGGUAGAGUUGCGAAAUGUAUUUUUUACUAAAUAUAGGUAUAUAUAUAUAUAUAAAUAUAUAUGCAGACUUAUAAAGCAAGCUCAGCAGAUGAGGAAAGUGUGUCUAUCAUGUGAUUGCGUGCAUGUCUGUACACACAUGGGGAGGGGGGUUGUGUACCGUGGAUUGUUUGUUUUUUUGCCGAGCGCAGACUUUUUUUCAUAAUGUGUUAACGAAGAAAAAUCCCCCAUAAACCAAUGUACAGUAACUGUUACCAUUAAUGAUGAAUAAUGUUGUGUAACACGUAUUCUGCAAGACAAGUUAGAGGAUCCUUCCCGAGCCAAUACACACCCAGUCUGCCUUCCUGUGUGUUUUCUUUUAGUUUCCGAGACCCAACCUCCCAACCCCACCACUCCCCUAGUUUCAUUGCGCCUUCUCUCCCUGCACAUUUUAAGGAAAACUUACAGCAUCCAAUACUGAUGGACAGAAUUGUACUUAUGGGGCUUUUUUUGUCAGUGAUUUAUUUUUCUUUUUGUACUGUGCAUUUUAAGAAAAAUGUAAAUGGGUAAACUUGUCUUGUACAUACAUAAAACAAAAAAGUACUGUAGUGCCUGUUUGCUUUCUUCUCCAAAUCCUUGCAGACCUUGUUAGAUUUAUGUUUGCAUCUUUUUAUUUUUAUUUUGUACAAUAUAUAAAUAUUAAAUAAACAAGGGAAAGACAUUUUCA